AUGGGGCUCUACGCGAACCAGACUCCAAAACUUCGGAACUCCAUCGACGAAGAUCUGAACUUGUUGACAACGACCAGUUCCAGUCCCAGUCCCACUCAACCCAACGACGCCGUUUCAACACAAGUACAUGGCGAUCUGCCCUUUAUUUCUACGACGUCGUCUUCUCCUGAUUUUCCGACUGAUUCCAAUGUUCGAUCAGAGUUUCAGUGUAAAAAAAGUGUGAUGAGACCAGUUUUUGAACAACCUAUUCGUGUAACAAGUUUCAAGGAUCUCAUUUCACCAAAAUUUCUUACGACAAAGAGAGCUUUCCCAUUAUCUGAAUUAGAAGAUGAUCAUAACUCUACACUGCAAAUCAAUACUAAUCUCAUCAGUUCUCAAGGGAACAAUGGAACACCAGCUAGUGGUAGUACUACCACUGACAAUAAUGAGCUUGUUCUCGUUGAAGUUAAAAGAUUCAAACCUAAAAGUAUUCAAGAAAUAUGUUGCACUUGUAGAGCCUCUAAAUGCUUGAAACUUUAUUGUUCUUGCUUCAAAGCUGGAAAGUAUUGCACGAAGAACAACUGUGGAUGUAGAAACUGUAAGAAUACCGCAGAUUACAAAAAUGAUGUGGACAUGGCACGUUCACUUCAUCGAAACCAUACCUUUCAACCAAAGACCUUUUCGAUUGUUGGCUCAGUGGUUUGGUGGCUUUGA